GCAUCCGUCUCUUCUCUCUCCUCUGUCCUCCCAAAAAGCUCACCACUCGCCUCGCCUUCCACACGAAGUUCUCUUCAGUUUCCCAACGCUUCUCUAAGCCUUUAAGCUUAGAGCUUUAAUGGCGGUCACGAGCUGCCAGAUCUAAAGCCUGAAUCCCUACUUCCCAUCACUGUGCUUAUUAAAUUAGAGAGAGAGAGAGAGACAGAGAGAGGGAGAGACAGAGAGAGAAGAUGAUCUUUUGUCUCCUCGGACGGAAGUUCUCGAGCAAAUGCAAGCACUCGGUGAAGUGCAUCAGAUGCAGAAUGGAGACGAUUCGGAAGAAGAAGCAGGCGAUCGUGAGGUAUCUCAAGAAGGACGUUGCCGAUCUCAUCUCCGGUGGCCACGACACCAUUGCUUUUGGCAGGAUGGAUGCACUCAUUGUUGAAAUAAAUCAAUCUUCCUGCUAUGAUAUGAUUGAGAAAUACUGUUGUUGCAUCUUGGAACAUCUUCCCGCCAUGCAAAAGGACAGGGUGUGUCCCGAAGAAACCGUUGAAGCCAUCGCCACUAUGAUAUUUGCUGCUGCUAGAUUCCCAGACCUGCCUGAAUUGGCAGAGCUUAGGAAUCAGUUUACAAAGCGGUAUGGAACCUUCAUGGAGGCAUAUAUAAACGAAGAGUUUGUUGAGAAGAUGAAGAAGAAGUCGUUUCCACAAGACGAUAAAUUGCGGUUAAUGCGAGAUAUUGCUCGGGAGUUUUCGAUUCAUUGGGACUUCAACGAAUUCGAGUACAGAAUAUCAAAUCCAUCAUCCCCUACUUUGGAUCAACCCAAAAUCAAGUUUCUUUCCAGCAAUGAGAACAGUAAACAGCUAAAAUCGGAGGAGCACAUAAAUGGUGAAAACAUCAACGAUCGCCAAAAGAUUGUACAAAUGAGAAAAUAUGAACAUCCUACUGCUCCCACAGAAAAGAUCACCGAAGUUGGUGCUAAUGAUUUCAAAACUGAAAGCCCAAGUACCUGCGAAAGAUUCGACGGCGCUCAUGGGCUGUUUUCGAGUUCGAUCGGUAUCGAGAAGCGGAGCGCUGAUUCUGCUAAAUCCGUCAAUUCAAUCCCUCCAUACACUAAAAUCGCAAGAGAUUUCCAUAAUGGAAUUUCAGAAGCUGUAAGUGUUAGAACAUUCAAUCUGAAGCCUCCUUAUGUCAAACCCAAGAUUACCACCAAGAGUUCUUCAAUGGAAUCUCGUUCUUCCGAGCCCGCGAACCAUGAGAUCCCUACUAAUGGCAUAAAUCAUGUCAUGAAUCCGAUCAGGAGAGCCGCCAGUAAAGGAGAUUUUGCAGUCAAAGCUGCCGAUUCAUUCGGCCAAAUGCCAAUCAAGCAAGCGGGUUCGCUUGGGAGGAAGAAGAACAUGUAUGGCGUUGGUGAUGGUGAUGAUUGGCAAAGUUUCGUUUCUUUGUCUUUUGAGCGAGCAGAAGAAGAUGCUACAAAUGGUAGCGUUAACGUUCGCCGCCACCUGCAACGAGCUUUCAGCGAUCGGACGAGGCAUGGCGGCUGGCUGAGCUGAGGACUUCACUGCUGGAAGUAUUGUACAGCUCCAGUGAAGAUUAUUGAUGUAAAUACUGAAUUAAUGUAUGGAUCUUUAUAUUUAUAUAUUGAGGAUUAUUUCCCUUUA